GCUAAAGCUUGGAAACAGCCCAAGUGCCCAUCAACUGGAAACUGGAUAAAGAAGAUGUGGGGUUUUUUGUAAAUUGGAGUACCAUGAGAACCUAUAGACAUUUAUAGCUAAAUGGAUGCACAUUGAGGCCAUACUGUUAAGUGAAAUAAAUAGGACACACAUGUGUAAAUACUGAAGUUUCUCUGGUGUGAGAAACUGAAAAUGUAAAUAUGGCUGCAGUUUUUUUAUUGGUUGAAAUGUUGACAUUCAGGGCUGUGGGCUGCCCAGCCACAAGUCCCUGGACCUUGCCCCAUCCCUGCUGGCCAAGCCCUUUCCUUGCCUGCUCCUUCUGCCUUCUCCACCCUGCUCCUUUUCCAAGUGCUCAGGGUCUGGAGUGGGUUACCCAGGAUGGGGUUACUAUGGUGAUGGCAGGUCGGUCCGGGGAGGUGUUCACAGGGGACAGGAGGACGUCAGCCACUAGGGAAGCCGACAGGACUCUCCGGAGGCCUGGUGACCCCACGGGCAGGGACUCAGAUCCAUAGGCACCUGGCUUUCAGGCCCGACUCCAAGGCCCUGACCUGGGAGGCCUGGCCCGCUUUGCCCCUGUCCCCAAGUCCUGCCACUGAGCUGAGCUAUCCGAGGGCCAGGCCAUCAGCAAGUGGGGGCUGGCAGGGUUAUCCUGAGCGAGGGGGAAAUUAGGGUGGGAGAGAAAAGGAAUGAUUGAUUCUGUAAGAAUUAUACUGCUUUAAGGGGCAAGGAAAUGGCCGCUGCUUUACAGUGAAACAGAAGAGAGAGGCGUUCAGGAGUUAGGUUGAAGCUGGGCGUGGUGGUACAAGCCUGUAAUCCCAGCCCCCUAGCAGGGUGAAACAGGAGGAGCUCAAGUUUGAGAGCCCUCCACUCCGGGAUACUUAGCAAGACACUGUGUCAAAAUUAAAAAUAAAAUAGGGGAUGCAGCACAGUGUGAAGGCCUAGGGUUCAAAGCCCAGUUUUGCUCCUAGUACCAAGGAGGAAAAAAGAAUCAGGUUUAAUGAUGGCCACAUAUUUGUUAUAGUUUGGGUCUGGAUGUCCCCCCAAAGCCUCAUGCAGGGAUAGGUGGGGCUUCUUCCGAGGUGGCUGGACCCAGGGUGUGUGGUGCUGGGAUGGAUUCCUGGUGCGGUGCUCGGCUCAAGGGCACUAAGAUUAAGGUGUGAGUACUGCCCGCCCUAAGCAGCCUGCGUGAGAUACAAAGACGGAAGGGCGUAGUCCUGCCUUGUGGCUUGGCUGCCUUCUGCCUGCUGUGGACUGGUUCUCCUCUGUGAUGCCCUCUGCCAUGGAGCCAGUCAGCUAUGGACUGAAACUGCUACAGACUCGGAGCUGAAUAAACCUUCCCUCCUUUAACUUGUAUUUUGUCUCAGCAACGAGAGAAAAGUGACUAAGACACAGGUGAACCAGUGAAGCAGAAUUUAUAAAUCUUUUGUUCAAUUUAUUUUCUUCAUCCAACACAGCCAUUUAUAGCUUGAGAUAUUUUGUAAGUUCACACAGUAGAAGACUUAAGCAGCCCCCUCCCCGUUCCCAGCCCGGACCUCCCUCUCCCUCUCCCUCUGCAGUGUCUGCUGGCUUCCUUCUCCUCUCAGCCCACUUCCUGCAUCUCACAGAGGCUUCCCCAGGACGCUUUCCCCAUCCCAGAGCCAGCGUGUGUUUUAUGGGUCUCACAGCUGUGCUACUCAGGCCCCUCUGCAGCGGGUGUGCCUGUGCCUUCCCUCUGCUUCUGUUUCUGAUUUGUGGUCCUGCAGGCCAGAGCUGGGGGCAUGGCCGACCCGGCGGAAGAGUACAGAAUGGACCACAAGAAGAGGGGGCUGGCCCUCAUCUUCAACCAGGAGUACUUCUUCUGGCAGCUGAUGCUGCCGGAAAGGAGGGGCACGAACGUCGACAGGGACAACCUGGCUUGCAGGUUUUCAGAGCUGGGAUUUGAAGUGAGAUGCUUUAACAAUCUUAAAGCAGCAGAGCUACUGAACCGAAUUCACGAGGAUGACAAGCAUCUUAUUUUUGUUUCCGUGUCCAUUCUGGGGGCCUCAAAAGUGUCCGCCUCAAGCCACGUGGACAGCGACUGCUUUGUGUGUGCUAUCCUGACCCAUGGUGAAGACAACCACAUCUACGCCUAUGAUGACAAGAUUGAGAUCCAAUCCCUGACUGCCUUGUUCAGAGGGGACAAGUGCCAGAGCCUGGUCGGCAAACCCAAGAUAUUUAUUAUCCAGGCAUGUCGGGGACAGCAGCACGACCCACCUGUGGUCCCUCUGGAUGCAGUGGAUUCCCAGUUCCCGGGCGCCCAGGACAACGUCACCGAGGUGGAUGCGGCCACGGUGCAUGCGCUUCCGGCAGGCGCUGACUUCCUCAUGUGCUACUCCGUGGCCCAAGGAUAUUAUUCUCACCGAGAAACAGUGUACGGCUCGUGGUACAUCCAGGAUUUGUGCACGAUGCUGCAGAGACACGGGUCCACGCUGGAGUUCACAGAGCUGCUCACGCUAGUGAACAGGAAGGUUUCCCAGCGCCGCGUGGGGGUCUGCAAAGACCCUCAUGCCAUCGGCAAGAAGCAAAUGCCCUGCUUCGCCUCCAUGCUGACGAAAAAGCUGCACUUCUCACCAAAGCCAGCAAUUACGGGUGGCAUCAUCAGUAUGUAGCCCUGCCUUUCCCUUUCAUGUGAAAUUCAGCCCCAGCUUCAGCUUCAGGGAAGGCCCAGCCAUGUGAGAUGUGCCAGCUUCCAUCCCCAGUAGAGAAAUGUUUUCUUCUUUGUCUUUGAAUAUUUUCAUGGUCUUUUUUGGUACCGGGGAUCGAACUCAGGUCCUUGCACUUUUGAGGCAGGCGGCAGAACCACUGAGCUAAAUCCCCGGCCCUUGAAUAUUUUUAUGUUUAAACGGCCUGAAAAAUACUCAGGAAAUUACAUAAAAACCUACAAGCAUUUAGUGAUUUUUAGUGUAAAUUACAAGGUGCCCCAAAAUAUCUACCUGAUUCAGCUUAUACUCUGUGCCUUUUUUAUAAAAACUUACUUUAUAAUGUUUUGAAAGACUUGAAAUCCAAGAAUUAGAUCACAAUUUCCCUUUAAUAAGAUAUUUGAAAAUCAUGCUAUAUUAAAUUUUUUAAAUUCA